CUGGAAUAAGAGCCCUGAGGCUCGGGCGAGAAGCGCCCACGGCAGGUGUUGGGUCUGGAUCCGUCCCUCCGCAGUACUGAAACUCCAUUUACCAGAGAGGCGUUAUGGGAUUCCGGAAAUUCUCACCCUUCCUGGCUCUCAGCAUCUUGGUCCUGUGCCAGGUAGACAGCCUCCAGGCAGCACCUUUCAGGUCUGCCUUGGAGAGCAGCCCAGACCUGACACCCAGUGAGGAGGAAGCACGCCUCCUGCUGGCUGCACUAGGGCAGGACUAUGUGCAGAUGAAGGCCAGUGACCUGGAACAGGAGCAGGAACCUGAGAUGGAGGACUCCAGCAUCACUGCCCAGAAGCGUGCCUGCAACACUGCCACCUGUGUGGCCAACCGGCUGGCAGGCCUGCUGAGCAGAUCAGGGGGUGUGGUGAAGGACAACUUUGUGCCCACCAAUGUGGGUUCCAAAGCCUUUGGCCGGCGCCGUAGAGACCUUCAGGCCUGAGCAGCUAAAUGGCCCAGGAAGAAGGUUACCUUGAAGCUGAACUCACCACUUCCAUUAAUUUGUGUUGACAACUUGGUGAGAAGAUACAUGUUUGCAUCCUACUAGAUACUGAAAAAAAGCACCAUUGUCACUUGAAAGGAAUGAAACUGAAUGCAAAAUAAGCUAAUUCCAUAUUUGUUGUGCAUCAUUUUUAUAUUUAAUGCUAUGUCCAGUAUAUGUGAUGGCAUUUCCCAUUGGCUUAUCUAAUAGCAAACUGGUUCUUUGAGGACCAUCCUGUUGAUCAUGGCAGCUCUGCCAAACCUUAGGGGACAUGAAAUCACUGCCUCUUGUAACCUCCAGGAACACAUAUGGUAAUGGUGAUGUUGCGCCUUGUUGUCUAAGAAAAUGAUUGUACAAUUUGUUUAAGGAAAUGUCAAAAUUGUGCCAUUUGUGAAC